CUUUGCCUGGUGCCCUGAAUUUCUCCAGACACGUCUGCCAACUUUACUGCUUUUUCACUCAGAGCACCGCUUGCUAGCUUUCCGUGAGGGAAGAGACAGCAGAAAGGGGUAAAAAGCUGACGCGUACACACGGUCCAGGAACGAUCCGCCACAAUGCCAGGGACCAGGGGACACGCAGACUUGCAGCCAGAAAGGGCUAGUCCGAUCAACCUGAACCACUAUGCCACCAAGAAGAGUGUGGCGGAGAGCAUGCUGGACGUGGCCCUGCUAAUGGCUAACGCCUCGCAGCUGAAGGCCGUGCUGGAACAGGGCCCCGACUUCAGGUACUACGUCACCCUCCUGGUGCUCAUCGGGGUCUCCCUGCUCUUCCAGGUGUCGGCAGGCAUCCUCUUUGUCUUUAUGGCUCGGAAGGACCUGAAUGAUGUUGCCAACCAGAGGAGACUGGACGUGAUAAACAAUGUGGCGACCGGCCUGGUGUUUGUCACAGUCAUCAUAAACGUCUUCAUCACCGCUUUCGGGGUACAGAAGACAGGGCUGUACCCCAGACCCAACUGACCGCUCACACACACCCCGAAUCCACGCCCAAAAUACAGGUGAAGCUGACAUUUCUGUCUUUUUGGGGAGGACAACAGCGUUUAAUUAUCAC